AUGGUUGAGACAGACUGGCGAGAAAUACUAAGUUUCUCUCAGAGAGAGCUUGGGAAGGCGGAAAAAGAGAAGUUGUGUGAAAGUCUGUCUUGGAUGGAAGCCGAUGAUAUCGAACUCAAUUUCACCGAUUUGAAAACAUUGUUUCGACUGUCUCAAGACAUUUUAAAAUACAAAAGUGAACAGGUAAACAAUCUGAUGGGGCAACUAGAAACAGCACCAAAAAAAUCUAAGUCAAAACGCAAGAAUUCGCCAACAAGAAGCAGCGACAGCGUAUUGGAAACAAUAGCCCACCAAGAAGAAUUAAUAAAAGCUAACAAAGAUAUACUAGAACAACUAUACGCUGAUAUAGCAGAACUAGAAGGCCGUAAACACAAGUUGGAAGAUGACAGAUAUAACUUAGACAAAGAGAGCGAAUCCAGCCGGGACGCUCUUUCAGAAAUUAACGCAAUAGCCCAACUCGAAAGUGAGCUCACUAUGAAGAAUAGGCACAUCAGGAAACUUCUCGGGGAUGUCAAAGUGCUAGAAGAAGAAAAUACGAAACUAAAAGAAAAGAUUACGGUACUGAAAGACAAGUUAAAAGAAGCGACACAGAUAAUUGAAAACCUAACUGAACAAUUAUUUACUAUCAAUAAUGAAAAUUUACGACUCAAAGAGGUCCUAGGUGAAUCUGAAAAGAUAAAAGCAGAAAUGUCUUUACAAAUUGAAUCACUUAGAAAAGAGGUUUUCGAAAAGGAGAGUUCUAGAGAAAAUAUCUACGAAGAGAUUAAGUCUAAAGUUCAACAUUGGAAGAACAUAGCUCGAUCCAAAAAGGCAGAAAUAGAAGCAUUGUCUGUAGAAAAUGCAAGAUUGAAAGAAGAUCUUAUCCAUGUGUCCCAGUCAUCACCUUCGCCAAUAAAGGUUAGUAGUAUUGCUGAAGAAUCAAAGAUUAAAGAACUACAAGAAAAGCUAUUCGAAGCGUCGAAUAAAAUUUUAGAUUCAGCUACAUUAAUAGAAAUCUUAAAAACUGAAAAUAAACAACUAAAAGCGACAUUAGAGGAAACACCAGACUUUUCUGUUUCUGAUGCUAAGAACGAAAGCGAUGAUGGUAAAGAAAGGGCUUUAAUUAAUAAACUGAAAAGAAAAGUUAAAACAUUAACUGUCUCCGUACAGGGGGCCGAAGAAAUGAUUGCAAUUAGAGAAAAGGAGCUGACUGAAAUAGCAUCACAACUACAGCUACUUAAGUCUGAUGAAGGAGUCAAUGCUUUACUUGAAAGCUUAAAGAACAAAAAGAGAAAGUUAAAAUUGAAAGACGAGGGAAUUAAAUCAUUAGUUCAAGAAAUUAAUAACUUGCAUCAAACAGUCGAUGAUUUGCAACUGGAAAAUGAAACGCUAAGUGUAUUAUCCAAACAAGAACAUCAAAAACUGUCACAAGAAACAGCGGAGUUAUCAAAACGCAAUACAGAAGUUCAAGCUAUAAUUGAAGAAAAUGAAGGGCUUAGGAAAGGGCUGCAAGAAAUAUUAGAUUUCCUGAAGGAUAAUAGUACUACAUCGUCUGGAGUAUUAUCGUUACAGUGUCCAAGUUUAGAUGCAAUAUUGCGUUCAAUGGAAGCUCGACAUACUGCUGGUUGGUUUGCUCCCCACAUGACAACCGUCAUGGAGCUACGAGAUGCACUAGGAGGCAAAGAUGCUCUACUAGCUGCUUUACAUGAAGCUCGUAAAGAAACUUUCGAGAUUAUGGAAAAAUUAACAAAAGAAUCACAAAAAUCUCAAGAACUAGAACAAAAACUACUUGAAAUUGAAACUAAAAGUGAGUCCCAAAAAUUAACCGACAACAGUCUUCUAAGUGAAAAUAUAAGUUUUGGUGAAUUUGGUACAUGGGUAUCUGAUAAAGAACAAAUCAAUAUGGAUUUCGUAGAUCGCAAUCAAAUUGAAACAUUUAUAAGUAAAGGAAACUUUGUUUAUGAAAAACAACUUAAGCGUAGUUUAACUUAUUUUCACGAAAAAUUCAAAAAACUUUUCGAAAAAAUGGCUUUAUUAACUGUACAAGCAGCGGAUGAUCAAAACAAAUGGGCAAUACAAGAAGAAAAGUAUGUUGCGCAAAUAGAGAAUUUGAAAGCUCAAAUAAAUGUUAAUGAUGAAGAAGAUGCAAGUGAAAUUUCUCCAGGAUUAGUCAGCGUGCCCAAUGUAAGCUUCCUAUUACGUAAGUGCACUUACUUAGAAGAAUCCUACAAAUAUAUUAGAACCUUGAAAGAAAAUAUGAAAAACGAAUACUUGGAAAGUAAACGAGAAGCUUUAAUAAUGUCUACGGAGUAUGAAAAUCAGAUUCAAAAGUUAAUACUGUCCGUUGCAAAUCUAACUGAUAAAUUACGGUCCUCGAUACCACUAGAAUUAUUUUGGAAACAAAACGAAGCACUUAACGAAGUUAAUACAAAGUACAGAAAAAUUUUAGAAAAUAAUGUGCACAAAACAAAUUAUUUUAAUAGUCUGCAUGAUCGUCUGGAAUGUGACAAAAGAGAUAUCGUUAGCAGUUUCCGUCAACACACUCUACUAAAAGAUGCAAAAGAAGAUGAUACCGAAUUAAAAACAAUGUUGUCAACUAUCGAACAAACAGUACUAUCUAAGCAAUUACAGCAAAUAUGUAGCGAAUUAGGAAAGAAGGACAAAGAAAUUGAAAAUUUGAAAGAAAACAAUUUACAUUUCCAAGACUUACAGUCUCAACUAAUAGACAAAACUUUAGCAUCAAUAACAAAAGAAGACGUUGAACUCAUGAAAGAACAAUUAGAAAAGUUGGCUGACGAGAACAAAAUCUUAAAAGAGCAAUGCCAACACGUUGAAAGUCAAUUAGACAUCGCUCUUGCUCAGUUGCAAGAUAGUCAACAAAGGCAGAUGAGCAACGCCAUGGAAGUUAAUUUACUAAGACAUCAAAUUCUUGAUCUACAAUCCACAGGGGAUAACAAAGCUAUCGUUGCAAGACUAAGUGGCGAAGUGUUGAUGGCACAUCUCCAAGCUACAGAAAGUCAUAAGAAGAUAGAAAGGCUAAAUUCAGCAUUAAAUAAAGAGAAACAAAUGAGGAUCGAAGCUGAAGAAAUGCUCACAGCUCGACAAAAAAUCUUUGACGUCUACGCCUUCAGAUACGAGUCUAAGUUUAGAUACAUGUAUGAAGUCAUGCGGAUUCUUAGACAACAGUACCAAGGAAGUCAACCGGCUAUAGCUUUAGAGAGCUUUUUGAACAAAAUUGAAGAUCUUUCACGCAAAACUCAUGAUGUAGAUGAAAAAUUAGACGAAAUUGAGGAACUAAGAUCAGAUUUAAUGACGAAACAUAGUGUCUUCAACCAAAUUUUAGAUGUGUCUAAAAAUAAAUGCUUGGAUGGCGAAGAUAACUGUUCACAUAAAUUGCAGAACAUGGUGUUGGUAAGUUCUCAUUCAAGAGAAUUAGACCACUGUAAAAACAAAAUUAAAACCCUCGAGCUUUCAAGAGAAGAACUUUCAAAACGUUGCAAUCACUUAGAAAAGACUUUAGUGCUUGUCAAUCAAGGAUUUGCAAUGUCUAAAUUCGAAGACAAAAUUACUUGGAAAGGAUCUAAUGGUAAUAGCCAAAAAAUAGAAGUAAAUGAUAUUAAUUCUGAUGACGACUCGAAUCCUAAACGUUCACCAGCAAAAAUUGCACGAGAUGGGAAACCGGAGGUAGUAAAUGUAUUUGUUCAAACUAUUCAAGAUUAUAAUACAGACGCGCAGAAAACAUACAAGGCCAUCCAGACAAAUGAAGACUCCAAUGAAGCAGAAAGAGUUAUUAAUGUUCUUAGGAAAGAAGUCGAAAAGAAAAAUAAAGAAUUAGCGGAUUCUAUGAAACUUGUACAAAAACGUACCGAAGAAAUAUUAGUUUUGAACUCUGAAAAAAUUAACACUGAGUCAACUAUUCAAAACAUUAAAGAUUCAAAUCAUCAAAAAGACAGAAUGAAUAAGAAAUUACAAAAUACAGUGGAUGAUUUAAGAAAACAAAUCGACAAUUACAAACACGCGCAAGUUACUGAAAAGUUGAAAACGAAGGAGAUGUUUAAUGAAGAAAACAGGACUUUACUUGACGCUUUAAAAAAGUUUGAAAGUGACAAGAAUGCGAUUGAAGCAGAGUAUAAGGAAUUAUUAAAUAAUGAAAGAAAUCAAUAUGCAAAAUGUACCAAAGAGUUGCAAAUGAAAAUAUUAGAUUUGGAAAGUCAACUGUUAGACAGGAAAGGAAGUGAUACCAACAGCAGCAGUGAAGUGUUUAAAGAAACAAUCAGCAAGUAUACGUUUAAGAUAACUGAACUUGAGGACAAAUGCUUUAGAUAUCAAAGUGACUUGGACGGUUGCAAAACUGAACUAUUGACAUACCAAAGUGAAGUUGAUCGCUGGAAAGAUUUAGCUAACGAAAGAUUAGCUAAAAUGGAACAUUUGAGUUCUCAACUCGAGGAACGCCAUUGUCAUGAGGUGGAAUCAUACAAAGCAGAGAAUGAGCACUGGUUGUCCCAAUUGAGUGAGACCCAACGCGAACACUUGGAGCUACGGUCGCGUCUCACUGAGCAAAAAGCUGCCUUUGUUAAACAGCUGUCUGAUAAGGAUGCUCAUAUUGAGCAAUUGCGCUCUGUUGUUCAUGGAUUGCGGACACAAAUAAUGAGCAUGCAAACAAUGAUCUCGGUAACAGACCCUAGUUUCGACCUUUCUGCGAUAGUGGAGGUGGACGAAGCGAGUGAUGUAUCGCAGCCAGGCUCAGAUAGGCUUGAGCUAAAGUUUGACUCCAGUGGAGACUUGAACGAUAUGCACGACGAUGGCCGACUGGGCUCUUCGUCUAGUGUUUGGCAAGAACCGGUAAUCGAACGUCUGCGUCGCGAGAAGCAGCUUACAAUGAAACAGAACGCACUGUUACGCAGGCAGAUUAAAGCUCUUGCUGCACGCGAAAGACGCUCCCGCCUCGACGCGCAGAACCUCAAGAACCAAGUGUUUCGCAUCAGCACAACAGGGCACAAAGUGGCGACUGCAGAAACUGCAGCUUUGCAUAACAAAAUAGCGUCCUUGCAAGCUCAGCUCACCACGGCUCGUAGGGACUCUCAUUCCACUGUUGCCUUAUGGGACAAAUGGAAAAGAGCGCAACAGGCUUCGGAUCGUUGGCAAGCACGUUACACAGAAAAAUGCCAAGAAGUGAAAAAGUUAGAAGCAAAUUUGAGCCUUGCCAAGUCCGCCGUCACCAGACUGGAAAAGGAAAAACGUGUGUUACUUGCAAGACUAGCUGAUGCUAAAGAUAAAGAACUAGAAUUAAUUGAAAAACAAGAUGGGGAGUUUUCGGAAAAGAUGCGCUCUCCAGUAGCAGAUACUGUGGUGUACAAUAAUGAAAGUCCUGUGUCGGCUAGAGCUUUGUUGGAUAGAGUGCAGGCCCAACAGCGAAGGAUCGCUGCUUUGGAAGUCGCAGAAAAGGGUAAUGAACACCUCGUGUCUGAAUAUGAGAAGUCCUUGGCUGAAAUAACAUCGCUCAAAGGUCAAGUACUCAAAUUGGAGUCCACACUUCUGGAGUCACAAAUUAAAAGUCCGAUAAGUAAAAAAUAUGAUCAAGAACCAGAACUGGAAUAUUGGAAGAGUUACUGCGAAAUGCUGAAGGAAGAGAACGUGCAGCUAAACUUGAGAGUGAACUCGAUGGAGACGAUUCCGAUGACCGCCAAUCAACACAGGGUCAAUGAUCUUGAGCAAACUGUGCUCACAUUGAGAGGUUUAGUAAGCAAGUUACAAUCUGAACAAAAAGCGACAGGGGCACACAAAAGAGCAGAUUCCAGGCCUAAUAGUGGACGAAGCAGCAGUAUUGGUGACAAGAACCGGACGCAAUUGGAGUCAUAUCGCAUUGAGAUAGCGAAUCUGAAGCGCAGUAUACAAGACAAGGACUUGUUGUUAGAAAGAUCGAAAGAAAUGCUCAAAAUCGCUGCAGAAAGGGAAGACGAACUGCUCAGAGAGAACUCUUCAUUACGACGUCAGCUAUAUGAUCUAACUACGAAACGAGGUUUCAUGUCGGCCUAAGCCAUUUA